AUGUUUUCCUUUGGGAGUGGGAAGGCUUCGUACCCCGCCAUCCACCAGGUCACUUCACCCAGAAAGUCAACAAACAAAAAAAGCACGUCUCCCCCGUCGCCACUGCGAGAAGCUCCCUCGCUGCCGGGCUCUUUCGAACCUGCGAUUGAUGCGCCACCUUCUCCCGCACGGAUUCGCGACUACACGGAGCAGAUAAAAAGAAGUUCGCUCUUUGGAAACAAUUCAAGGAACGACACUCUCUCAUUCACAUCGUCUCCGUCCCGCUCACGCCAAUCGAGCCUCGUACCAGAUAGUGUAGACUUGUCUCGCCAUUCAUCCAUCCGAUCCAGCACCAGCAUUAUGGUGCGCCGUGAUAGACCAGAAAGUGUCAUCUCGACCAUAUUUUCUCGAACCGCGCGUAAGACGAAGAGAGAAACCCAGACGGCGAGCUUGCAGAGCUCUCCAUCUCCUGGCCAGGAACAUGUGGUCAUAGAGAAGGGCUCAGCAAAGGAACACGGCAGUGGUAAAAAGAGUAGUUCCUCUCGUCGCCACCAGACCAUCUCCAAUCCGUAUAAUUUCCAGCAUGUGACGCACACCCGACAGGACUCCUUUCCUGACCUGCACCGAACCAGUUGCACGGAACUGUCCUCGGAGUUCAUUGCGAUUCGGGCGUCCCAAGCACCAAGCAACGAGUUGAAGGGUAUCAGGGCCAACGACAUGCACUUCGAGAACUUCUCUUUUGAAACUCUAGGCCAGAUGUCCAACGAAGAAGCUCCAUCACCCUCUACCCAAACAACCCAACAACGUCGGAAGUCAACUCGAGCAUCGCAGCGAUCCGAUCCAUGGUCAUUGGGGGCUCAUUCGCCCGAUCGGUUGGGAACCGCCUCCCCUGAAUCUCUUCAUUCUCCAUCGUCUCAAACCUGCCCCGUUACUUUGCCAGUUAGAACAUCAAGCCGGAAUCCUAUUAUGCCCUUCAACGCUGUUGACCCACUAGCGACCGUAACCAUGACGCGCCCGCAUACUCAAGGAGGAUACCAAACGCCAGCGCCCUUUAUGUUUCCUCUGGAAGCUAGCACGCAUGCAGUGACGACACCCGGCGACGAGGCGUGGCCACUGAGCCCAUCAGUUUCCGGAAGCCUUAGUGGUGAGCUCACUGAUGUCCUAGAAGAGGAAGAGGAUCCUUCCUCGAAGUUCUGGAUGUUGACCCAUAGCGCCGACCUGAGAUUGUCUCAAUCCGUGCCAGCUCUUCGGCGAAGACCGCAACAACUAUCCAACGACCAGCCAGAGGCAUCCACAUCAACGACCUUGAGACUAUCGUCACUCCAGAAGAGACCAUCGGCAGGCCUCAAGCCAGCGCAACCCGCGCUUGGCUUCAAUUUCAGCGACUCCUGGGAGUCUGACAUUGACUGGUGCUACGAGCACGAGGUUGAGGCCCAUUGCGACUACCAGUGGGAUCAGAGCUCCGCAGGUGGCGAUACUCUCACGGAUACCCGGACCAGACCUGCUUCAGAACUUGCUCAACCGCCGCUCCAACUGUGUCUGCAAAAUGAGGAGCAUGCUUAUCACGGACGAUGUCGACCCUCCCUCUCUGUGCCAUCGACUGACUCCCUCUUGAUACCUUCGACUGACAUCCCUGGACUUUCCCCCAUGUCAGACUGUUCAUCUUCUUGCUUUUCCCCUCAAACGCCUUCGAACUGUUUGAGUGCAGAUCACACUCGGUCACCUUGCCGAGAGUCUUUCAAGGAUUCUUGUGGCUUCCACUUGUCACCUACGCUGCUCAUCCCAGCCGAUUUCCACUCGCACGUGGACGAAGAUGUGUGCUACACUGAGCGAUACAAUGACGCCUCGGAUGGAACAAUAUUUGCCCAAGACUCGUUUGCGCAUGCCGUGUCCAUGCCGGUGUCUGCUGUCGACGAGAGCCAGCCCAGGACUUCUUACCGCUCUUCCGACUACUCUCGCUGCUCAGCUCGUAGCUCCUCGAGCACUGCGAUGUCCGCAGCAAGCCGGGACUUGGCGAUGCCACUUCGAAGGUCAUCGAGCCCGACCCACGCUCAUUGCAGCACUGCGUCAACCUCUUCUCUCCCAGAUCUCAUUCCAUCGAGUGCUCACCAGAUCGACCUUGACCAUUUCAUAACCAAGUUUCCUUUACCAGUCCCAGACGAAGAGAGCGAAUCCGCCCCAACCUCGGAUAUUGCGGACCCUGGUCCGCAGCUGUCAUCUAUGCAGCAUCAUCACAACAAGUCCACUGUUUUGGAGCAAGGACUCCGAUGCAGUGAGACCCAGCUGGCUAUGAGCAACUCCAACACUCAGGAGAAGGACUCUAUGGAAAUCCCAAGCCCCGUGGCCGAGGCUUUCGCUGAUCUGCCAGCUCGGUUCCAAUCGCUAACCCACGAGCGCCAAAGUUCAACUCCAGAACCCGUUGCGCCUCUGCGGGAGGCUCAGGGCCGGGACAGAUCUCCAACUGCUGGGUCCGCCACCAAGAGGCGGGGCAGCUACGUGCUGUUCCCUCAGGCAAGAAAUUGA